GUGGAGGGGGUGGCGGUGGUGGCGGUGGUGGAGGAGGAUGAGCAUGUUGGGCAUAUUGCGUAGAAAUUGGGCACUGCGGGUGUCGGUGGUGCUCAAUAUCUGCGUGUUGCUCUACGUAUGCGCCCAUUACGGGUCCUCGGGGCCCUGGAUCGAGGAGCCGCCGACCAACUGGGCGGCGCCGCUGCAGCCGGAAACGUUCGGCGCCGUGGACCCGGUGAACGGCACCCAGAGGGGCGCCACCUCGUCAGCUGUGCCCACGACCAAGGACGGGGCGGGCAAGGGCGGCCAGCUCAGGGCGAGGCAUCUGGCCGCAAGGCCGACGACCAGCAACGAGGAGGCGAGGCAAGCCGAGGCAGCAGGCGUCGACGCAGUGGCUGGCCGCAGGCGUAAUCAGACGGUGAAGAGUGACACGCCGGUGAUUCAGCCAACGAUGAGCCUAAAGGAGGCCGUUCCGUGCAACGAAAAGUCGAUGGAGCCGAGAAGGGCGCAACGGGGUGAUUACUGGGUCCUUUACAAUUACGUGCCUAUGAGCAUGGGGGUGAGGUGCUGGGAGAGUGUGACGUACACCACGCACGCGGAUUACACGUUUCUGGAUAAUCUGGAACCGUUGCUGGAACGAUGGAGGGCCCCGAUAUCGAUCGCGAUGCACGCCCCUGGGACAGACUUUGCGGCGACUCUCGACGCCAUCAAGUACUCGAGAAACUGUGGCAGCCCGCUGGUCUCCCAGCUGGUCACCUUCCAUGUAUUCUUCAGUAGCAAACACGUGCCAAAAGUGGUAUCUCCAGCCGAGAAAGUUAUAUCCGACACGUAUAACUGCACGCUUGGACCACCAUGGAUGAACGUUACGCUUUCAAAGAUGUAUAAAAACGAGAAGAAACUGUUGUACCCUGUGAACGUAGGCCGUAAUAUAGCGCGUGAAUCGGCGCCGACGUUCUAUGUAUUCGCCAGUGAUAUCGAGCUUUAUCCGAACCCAGAUUUGCCGGCAAAGUUCCUCGAGAUGAUCAGAAGGAGAGACCAGCCCGCCCUCUAUAAGCCUAACCCCAAAGUUUUUGUACUGUCCAUCUUUGAGGUGGACGAGAAAAGUCAACCGCCUAACAAUAAAACACAUUUGGUUCAAAUGUUGAAGGCUGGUACGGCUAUCCCCUUUCAUAAAAAAUUGUGUUCUGGCUGUCACAACGUUCCUCGAAGCAAAGAGUGGCAAGAAGCGCCGGAAACCGAGGAUCUUCACGUGUUUCAUGUCGGCAAAAGGACAGGCAGUUUCGUUCACUGGGAGCCGAUUUUCAUCGGGACCAAUAAUGAUCCUCUGUACGAUGAGAGGCUUAGCUGGGAGGGGAAAAGCGACAAAAUGACACAGGGUUACGCGUUGUGCGUUCUCGAUUAUGAUUUUCUCAUCUUGGACAAUGCAUUCCUGGUCCAUCGGCCGGGCAUUAAAAUCUUCAAGAAGGACCCUCACCGUGAAAUGUUGACAGUUAAGACGAACGCAUUGAUAAGAAAGAUCAUCGUUCCAGAAUUGAAGAUCCUUUAUGGGGUACGAAAAGGUUGUGCCGUGUAGCCCGUAGUGAAACGAGCACAACGUGUGCUCCACAGGUGUGUUCCGAUCAAGUGGCAGCACCUGAAAUCAUUUUUGACACCUGAAAUAUCUGAAGUUCAGCGUAAGAUCAAUGGCGCUCGCAGUGCCCAAAAAUUUGGUCUAAUCACGCAUGGAGAUCAUGUUCAUCCGCCAUUUCUGAGCAUUUUCGGUGUCGAGACUAACUUAAAGAACGUUCAUUGCGAUUAAGAAAAUAUCGACGGUUAAAAAUGAUGCCAAUUGAAUGGUGCCGAAAAUAAUAGUUUGUUGGUUAGGUUCUGAAGGAUAACCUUGCAAAAGUUUCAGCAAACUUCUCCUAUGAUCGUUAGUUCCUGUAAUUCCUCUUCAUUUCUCAUCAAGCUGACUUCUUCAUCUUCUUUGCAGUACAAAAGUGUGAUGGCAGCAUAGAAAGAAAAGAAAGGGAAUACUGACAUAAAAUGGGAAUCAAUUUAUCGAGAGAUUCAGAAUCGGUAGUAUAUAGAAAAUGCUUUUCGUGAUAAUGAUCAUACGUAGUUGUUUUCAUUCUAAAAGAAUCAUGUUGCGUAUAUUUUUCACCUGAGAAUGUUAGGACGAACAAUUGUACAUAUUAGCGUUUUAAAACGGUGCCUCGUAUAUACUUGUACAUUUACAAGAAUGCUGAAUGAUUUGUCGGUGAACAUGUGCAUUUUUGUCUCAUUCUACGAUUUCCCCGAAGAGGAAACAAUAACGUAUCUAACGCGAACGACUGUGGUCAUAGAAAUAUGCCAAAAAGGUACACUGCUCAAGUUGAUUAAGGGAAUAUAAUGUUUGGAAAAUGAAAAAAAAAACCUUUCAUUUUUUUUAUUAUUAUUAUUUCAAGCAAUGCACGUAUAUAUUAAUAAAUCAAAACUCUAACUCACAAAAUUGAAUUAAAACUAGUCUCGAACAUUUAUUGGUUCCUAACUUUCCAAAAAAUUUAUGGUAAAAAAAAAAAAUGUAUUUAUGAAAAUUAUUUAUUGCCACAACGUGCAGAGUUUCGUAGAAUUUAUUGCAAACCAAACGACUGAAGUCGACGUUUUUCGACGUUUUAAGUUUUAAUCUAAUGCAUUUAUGUGCAUAUACAUGAGCAUAAUUAAAGCAUAAUUUCAUGCUUUAAGGUUAAAUGUCUUAUUAAAAGAAAAAAA